GAGGCACAGACUUCAGGUUGGAUUUGUCAGCAAGGAGAAAAGUCAUAGAAACGUUGGCCAUUGGCUGUUCAUUUUUUUCUAAGUGGAAUAGAGACAUACUACCUGGAUUUACAUGUGAACUGCCAUAGAAUAGAAAUAUCCUGUAAAAUUUGGCACUGAGAUAUAACCCUAUCUGUUACAUAUCUACUCCCACGACUUACUCAUAUUUAAGGGUUCUUUUCCAUUCCUUUUGCAAAUACUAGCAUGCAGGUGUCUAUUCCAAGGGUUCAGCUUCCAGAUCAGCCAAUGGAACAUAGGUCAGGAGGAAUUUCUCCCUGUUAAGCAGUGGCAAAUGAGGGGACACCUCAUAGCAGGCAAAAUGCUCUGGUCUCCCAGAGGACCCGGAAGUAAUUAUAUAGGAAAUGAUGAGGAAGACCAGGAGGAGCUCUUUGUAGUCCAGAAAGGUAGAAGUGGGAGCUGUGUACUUACUUUUACUGCCAUACCAUCCUAUUACCCACACUCUUGUGCGCAGCAGGCAUUUGAUAAUGUGUGUUAAAUGACUGGGAUAUACGUGGAGGCUGCUGGACCUGGUCAGAGACUGAUGUGCCUCAGUGGCAAUGGUUAGAGCUUUCACUCCCAUGCUUGGCUUCCUCACAUUCAGGAGCCUGACUUGGAUCAGAGUUGGAGUUGCACAGUGGAACAGAAAUUGACAAGCUGAUCUUAAAAUUCAUAUGGAAAUGCAGGGAACCCAGAAUAGUCAAAACAAUCUAGAGAAAAAACAAAGAGGACUCACUUCCUGAUUUCAAGACUAACCACAAAGCUAUAGUAAUCUACACAUCGUGAUAGCAGCUUAAGAAUAGACACAUAGGUCAGUGGAAUAGAGGCAAGAGUCCAGAAGUAAAACAUAACAUCUGUGGUCAAUUAAUUUUUAACGGUGAUGCCAGGACCAUCCAGUGGGGAAAGAACAGUCUUUUCACCAAUUGGUUCUGGGACAACUGAGUAUUGCAUGCAAAAGAAUGGAUUUGGAUUUCUGCCUCAUACAACAUCCAAAAAAUCAACUAACGAUGAAUCAAAUACCUACAUGUAAGAGCUAAAACUACAAAACCAACUAAAACAGCUUGUAGGACAAAGAGGGAGGAGACGAAAAAUUGGAAUACUAAAAAAUAGAAUUAUUAGACAUGCUAGAAUCAUGAGGAAAAAUAGAAAGGGUAGAAAGAAGAGUAGACAAAGACGAGAAAGAUAGAAAGGGUGUGUGUGUAACGUAGAGCAGAAGGACUCAAGGCCCACUGUGGAGUAGAAAGGAGAAGGGACAGGGCAAGGCAGGCAGCAGGAAGAGCUGCCUUCCUGCUAGGUGUGGGAGCCUGCAUCACAAAGUGCCCAGCCCAGGUGACUGUGACCACGCCUACAGCACCUAGGUGGAUGCUGAAGCAGUGAAACAGUUGUGCUUGUUGGCUCGUGGUCGCUGUUAUCUAGUAACUAAUUCCCAAAGGAGAACAUUCAGAUCCAUAUACAUGAGAUUCCUGCUGCGUUUAGCCAUACAUUUGCCAGACUUGUGGGGUCGUUUAUCCCUUGUGAAAGCUGGAGUACAGCCUGCAGGGAGGUUUUCAGCUGACCUGGUCAUGACGAGAUAGGAACCACUGGCUCAAUGACCUGUAAGGGCCAUUUCAGCAUAUCCAUUCUGUUCAUCUCCAAGCCUUCACCAUAGGCCAGAACUUUUGCUCUCAGUCACCUCUCAGAGAUCUCUCUUUAUAGCUGAAGAUCUCCCUCAUGAGUUAUGUCAAGAGUAACCGAGAACUAUAUCAACAAUACACAGCCAUGGCCCCCAAGCUACUGGCCCGCAUCUCCAAACUCCUCACAAUCUGCCAGAAUGCAGGCAUUUCUAUACCGAAGGGCAUCAGAAACAUUUUUGAGUUUACUUGGGAAGAGCUCAUCAGUGACCCCUCAGUGCCUACCCCAUCUGACAUCUUGGGUUUGGAGGUCAGCUUUGGAGCCCCCACGGUGGUGCUCAUGGAACCCACCUUUGUGCAGGUCCCCACACCAAAGAAGCCAUUACCUCCAACACCAGCAGCAGCACCACCUCCAGUGCUGCCGGUAACCACUAGGGCAGCCAAGCGCUCCACCUGCUCUCCCACCAUGGCCCAGAAGGUGCCCACCCACCAGGAGAUCCUGAACAGGUUUCAGCAGCAGUCCAUCCACCUGCUGACGGAGCUUCUCAGCCUGAAGAUGAAGGCCAUGAUGGAGUCUAUGUCGGUGGGUGCCAACCCCUUGGACAUCACCAGGCGUUUUGUGGAGGCCAGCCAGCUCCUCCACCUCAACACCAAGGAGAUGGCCUUCAACUGCCUGAUGGGCACAGCUGGGAGAAGUGGCUACAGCGGUGGACAGCUGGGGAAAGAAUUUCUCACAAACAUGUCCACCAUUGGGGUGAACUCACCUUACCAGCUGAUCUACCAGUCUUCCACAGCCUGUCUGAGCUUUUCUCUCUCUACUGGAAAAGAAGUCAAGAAGAAAAUAGGCAAGUCUAGAACUGCAGAAGAUGUCAGCAUGCCACCCCUGCAUCAAGGAGUGGGAACCUCUGCCAACAACCUGGAGUUCAGCAACCCCUGCCCUGAGGCCCAGAAGAAGCUGCAGGAGCUGUGUCGCCACAUAGAAGCCGAAAAGGCUGUGUGGAAAGUGAAGAAUAUCUCCAACCCCAUGAUCUUACGAAACUACAAGGCAAAGAUGCCCUCUCAUCUAACGUCGCCUCACAAAGGAGACUCUCAGACCCAGAGUUUACAUUAUCCUCCCACUGCGAGUGCUCAGACUCUCACCCCCACCCCUCAACCAUCUUCUGCCCACCAUCUUCUCUUUAGUCAGCAAUCUCAAGAGGGGAAGAUGCCCAAGAAGGCCUUUAAAUUGCAUUACACCUUCUAUGAUGGCUCCUCCUUUGUUUACUAUCCCUCUGGAAAUGUCGCUAUAUGUCAGAUCCCCACAUGCUGCAGAGGGAGAACCAUCACCUAUCUCUUUAAUGACAUACCUGGCUCCUCCUUGCUGGCCCUAUUCAAUGCUAAAGGUCAGGUCUAUGUUCACUACAACCUAAAAACCAGUUGCCCAUAUGUCUUAGUCUUGGAUGAGGAAGGUGGGACCACCAAUGACCAGCAGGGCUAUGUAGUCCACAAAUGGAGCUGGACUUCCAGGACGGAGACCCUGCUUUCCCUGGAAUACAAGGUGAAUGAGCAAAUGAAGCUAAAGGUGCUGGGACAGGACUCCAUCACGGUCACCUUCACCUCCCUGAAUGACACAGUAACACUCACUGUGUCAGCCAACAACUGUCCCCAUGGAAUGGCAUAUGACAAACGGCUGAACCGCAAAAUUAGCAACAUGGACGACAAGAUAUAUAAGAUGAGCCGAGCCCUGGCUGAGAUCAAGAAGCGGUUUCAGAAGACAGCGGCUCAGUUCAUUAAUUCUAUCUUGCUGGCCACAGGUCUGUUCACCAUUGAAUAUCCCACCAAAACAGAGGAGGCAGAAUUUGUUCGGUUCAACAUGAGAUCUGGAACUCAUCCCGAGCGGGUCCCCAACCUAGGUUUAUACUCAGGAGAAAGUCUUUUACGCUCUCAGUCAACCCAACCGGAAUCCUUAAUUGCAGAGACUUUGAAGGAUGAGCCUGGAUCUUCUCCUGUGAGCCCAGUUUGGAAGAAGAUCACCAGAAUCCACCCGAAACCCAGGAUCACAUCCAGAAGGAAGGCCCGCGAGGGACGUAGCCCCACCAGGUGGGCGGCCUCUCCCUUGGACUGCCCACUGGUGCUGCGGAAGCUCAUACACAAGGAAGAUGCCCAUGGCUUCUGCAAGUGCCUGGUGAAGGCGCCCCGGGUCUCCGAUGUGGAGCUGGAGCGCUUCCUGUUGGUACCUCGAGACCCCAGCCAAGUGCUGGUGUUUGGGAUCAUCUCGAGCCAGAACUACACCAGCACUGCGCAGCUCCAGUGGCUGCUGGACACACUCUACAGUCACGAGCAGCGGGGCCGCGCCUCCCCCUGCAUCCAGUGCUGGCAUGACCCCUACCGCCUGCUGCAGUAUGACCUGGACAGCCCCUUGCAGGAGGACCCUCCCCUGAUGAUGAAGAAGUACUCUGUGGUGCCGGGGAUGAUUCUGAUGUUUGCUGGGGCAAAGCUUCUUUUUGGGGGCUGUGUUUUGAAUGGAUAUGGCCUCAGCAAGCAGAAUCUGCUGAAACAGAUCUUCCAGUCUCGACAGGAUUGCAAGAUGGGCUACUUCCUGCCAGAGAACUACAAAUUCAGUGUUUCGAACUCUGGCCUGAGCCUGGAGGAUUCUGAAUCAGCCAGGAAAGCCGAGUCAGAAGAUAACCAAGGAAGCUCCUCCUCAUUGGCCCUGGGAGACUAUGUGGAGAAGGAGAUACCUCUGGAGGCUGAGAAGAAAGCAAGAGAGCCUGAAGUGGAGCUACAGCCUCACAACAAACUCAGAAGGGACAGCAAGAUAAGCAGGUGGAAGAAGCAGGCCUCCAAGAAGUAAUGCUGUCCUGGUGGCAGCCAAGUGAGCCAGGCCCCAGACCGGGGUGCUAGGGCUUCUUACCAGCCUGGCCCUGACUCCCUGGUCUCCCACCCUGUCCUUCAAGCCUCUGUAAUAAACCAGCAGGCCUCCAGCAUCAGGGUGAGACUCUGAGGAAGGGCAGACCCAGCUUAGUCUGGCUUCUGUGGGGCUAGAGGCCCCCAACAAACUUGUUCCAGGUCAAGUCUUUGGAAACUCGGUUCCCCCGGUGCAGGUCUUCCUCUGUGGCCAGUUAAGUCAGCUGAGGCCUUCCCAUGCUCAUGGAAAGAAGGGUUUCCCUCCAAAGGGUAGCUCCAGGAUAGGCGACCCAGUAACCCUGGGAUGCCCAGAUGGGACCGAACUGGGCCUCCUACCCUUCCUGGGUGGGGGAGGCUCAGUCUAUGGUCUGGAUGGAAAAGACAGAAAGAAGAGAACAGUGAAGAGGUGGAGAGAGAGAAAGACCAAAUAUGGAAGAAGAGACAAAGGGAGAAAUGAGAGGAGGAGCAAGAAGAGAGAGGAAGAAACAAGUGAGGAGGGAGGAG